CCCUAGAUAAAAAUUCCCUAGCCUCUUCCAACUCUGUCAUCUCGUGGCGGCUGGCGAGCGGCGACGGACGGCUCGACGGCUCGACGGCGCGGGAGGCCGGCAGUCUGCGCCGCAGGCCUAGGCAGAAGGGGAAGCCAAGGAGCUAAGGAGCAAGGCAACAAAACAAGAAAAUGGUUAGAAAGAGAGAGGCAGAGGAAGGUCUUGGCAUCACGAAGAGUGUUGGAAAGAUGCUGACAUUGAAAAGGGGUCUUGAUGAUAUCACCAUAAGCCCAAGUACGAGUAAAAGAUCUUGCAAUGGAGAGGAGAUAUCUGGUGAACUCAUUGAAGAGGUCCCAUCCAAUUUUAGUAAUGUCGUAUCACUUGCUUUAUCUGAUGGACACUCUGUGUUGUUUGCAUGCUCAGGCAUAACUAUAGAACACAAGCGUAACUUCACAAGGUUUUUGACUUCAGCAAGUUUGGUUAAAGCUUUCAAUGAUAAAACAAAAGACCGUGAUAACUUAAAGAUCGAAGUGCGCUGUGAAGGCAAUUUUGUCGUAGGGUGUUUGGAUGAAUAUGAUUUAGAUCACGAAAUUGCUUUUGUCAAAGUCAUGACCUUCCUUAAUGUUCACGAGGUGCUUCCCAAUCACGUGAUGAAAUAUCUGUCCGGGAGUAAGGUAGUAGCUGUAGGACGUGAUAUCUCUGGCAAAUUAAUCACCACAGAUGGGAUGCUAAUUAGCGAUUCAAAUGGAUCUGAAGAUGCUGAAGAGUUUAUGUUGUCCACAUGUAAAAUCUCUGAGGGUUGGGAAGGUGGGGCACUGUUUGAUUCUGAUGGGAACCUUAUUGGCAUGAACCUUUUAUUUCUUGUGGGAAGAUCCCUUUUCCUGCCGAUCAGUAUAAUUAUUGAACGGUUGGAGUAUUUUCGGACAUCCUACCGAAGGAGGAAAUUUUUUGCAUUGGCAACAAAAUUGAAGGCAAUCAGGGUUGGAGGAAGACUCUCAAUUGAGAUGCCUAAGUCCCUUCUAGAAGAUGUUUGUGAUGAGGAUCAAUUUGAGUGUCUAGACUCCAUGGGUUAUCCCAUGCCAUCAAUAAAUGGCAUGGUUUUGGUCAACACUUUUGAAGAGACUUUUGGCGACUUGUAUGAUGAAGGUGUCUGGAGUGAGCUCAGCAAAAAUGUUUCUUCAAGAAUAUCUCGAAAUGUUGUCUCGCUUGCUUCAUUCAAUGGAGAAACAAGAUAUUUUGCAUGCACAGGUUUUUUUAUUGAAUGGAACGGAUGUACAUCUAUUCUGACUUCAGCGAGCUUAGUUAGAAAAUCUGGCGAUCGUAGCAAGAUUGUUGAAAAUUUGAGGAUUGAAGUGUUGCUUCCAAACAAAAAACGUACAGAAGGGACACUAGAGCACUGUAAUUUACAUUACAAUGUUGCUAUUGUCAGUGUGAAGGAUUUCCGUGCUCUUUGCCCUGCAAAUCUUCAUCAUGAGCAGGAAAGUGUAUGUGAGGAUGUAUUAGCUGUGGGGCGCUGCUUCGAAUCAGACAUAUUAAUGGCUGCAAGUGGUCAUUUGGUUGGCUGGUCAGGCACACUUGAUUGCAGAAUGCUUCGGUACGCCAAUUUUAAAAUCACCAAGGCUGGGAUUGGAGGGCCUCUUAUUGAUUUUGAUGGGAGAUAUGUUGGUAUCAACUUCUUUGAUGACAUAGUAGGAACCCCAUUCCUAUCAUGCACCGUUAUCCUCCACGUUCUGUCACGUUUUGAUGAAGAAAGGACUAUCAAUAAAGUUGGCAAUGGUGACACUUCAUCUGGUGUGCUUGAUUGGACUAUGACUGGAGAUCGUAGUGUUCGGCCAAAUAGCUGGCCCGUGCCCAAGCCAUUUUGGUGUCAUCCGGACGAUCUGCCCCGUAAUGAAACCCGGACUCGCCACAAAUACGGAUACUACAAUGGACAGAAGUUCAAGUACAUGUGUUAGGGCUUAGUUCUGUUUCGUUGAAAAUUUGCUACUUAACCUGUACAAGAAGUCAUAUGCUUGGUUCUGCCAUUUUGAAUUGCUAUGUUUAUGUCUUGGCAAGGGAAUCUGACGACUUGUGCUUGUCUUGACAAUUUAUAUGUAUGUACAAAUGUUCAUUUUGGUGCUGUGGACUGCUGCGUUGCUUAA